AUGUCCGCAAACGAUUUUUAUUCAUCCGGUGAUCAAGGAUCAUACGAACCAAGACGUGAUCAACAACAAGGCCAACAACAAGGUCAACAAGGUCAACAAGGUCAACAAGGCCAAGAAGGAGAAGAUGGUGACAGAGGACUCAUGUCUACACUCGCAGGUGGUUCUCUUGGAGCAUUUGGUGGAUCCAAAUUAGGAGGAAACCACUCCACUUUAGGUGGUAUUGGUGGAGCUAUUGCUGGUGCAAUCGGAGCAAACAAGAUCGAAGAUAGAUUUGAAAGUCACGGAUCUUCAAACCACAACCAAGGUCACGGUCAACAUGGUAAUCAAGGAGGUGGAUUGAUGAGUGGAUUGAGCAACUUUUUAGGUGGAGACAAACACGAAGGUAGAAACGAUGGCUACGGUGGUAAUCAAGGUGGAUACGGUGGAAACCAAGGUGGAUACGGUGGUAGCCACAGUAGUAGCCAUGGUGGUAGACACGAAGGUGGAUACGGCGGUGGCCAAGGUGGAUAUGGCGGUGGAAACCAUGGUGGAAACCAAGGAGGCUACGGUGGUGGCCAAGGUGGAUUUGGCGGUAGCCAAGGAGGCUACGGUGGUGGCCAAGGAGGCUACGGUGGUGGUCAAGGAGGCUACGGUGGUGGUCAAGGUGGAUAUGGUGGUGGCCAAGGAGGCUACGGCGGUGGCCAAGGUGGAAACCAAGGUGGUAGAUGGUAA